AGAAGGAAGUUAUGAGAGAUGGCAACAGAUUAGGCGAAGGUUAUGUAUAGUUUUUAGUUAUUUUUAGUUAUUUUUAUAGUAUAGUUUUUAUAGUUUUCGCUAAGGUUUGCUACAUUUCAAAUCACACAUUAAACCGUUCGCUGCAGUUCAUGGAUCAAACUCAUUGUCCUCAGUAUUAAGAGGAAGUGACUGAAACUCAUCCAUGAGUUUCGUGUGUUUGCUGCCUCAACAAAAGCUUCUGUUUAUUUUAACACGACCUUCGACUGAUGCUGCUUCUACUUUCACUCUGUGAACCAACACGUGGGGAAGCAGGAAAACGAUUCUGGUGCUUGUUUGAUCCAAUUUCAGUGAUUUUAGGACAGAAAUGAUCAGAGUAGCGCUGUUCAGGACGCGGAGUAGCUCAAGUCUGGAGGCUCCAUGGACAGAACGCGGGCACCGAACGAGCUCCACAUGAUCUGGACAUGAAGUCACGCGUGUCCGCUAUCGGCUCCCUUUACUGUCCGCCUUCGGCGCUUCUCUCUCGGUGACUUUGAGCGGUUUAAUCGGUGCAGAGAAAACACAAGUGUCUCGAUGUCACAGCGCCCAGAGGAGCUCGAGCCGAUUGAGUCUCCGCGGUUCUCAUAGUGUGUUUAAGAACCGCCUCCUGCUUAGGAUUCUUUACACUCUGACUCUAGUAUCGUGAGAAGGAAGCUACUUUGAGAAAAUGGCAGAAGAAGCUCCAGCUGCAGCUCCAGCCCCGGCCAAAGCCGCAAAAAAGAAGGCCACCAAGCCCAAGAAGAGCGGCCCCAGCGUAGGUGAGCUGAUCGUUAAAGCCGUAUCCGAGUCCAAGGAGCGGACCGGCGUGUCCAUUGUCGCCCUGAAGAAGGCUCUGGCUGCCGGAGGCUACGACGUAGAGAAGAACAAUUCUCGGGUCAAGAUCGCUAUCAAGAACCUGGUCAAUAAAGAAAUCCUGAUCCAGACCAAAGGAACCGGCGCGUCCGGCUCCUUCAAGAUCAACAAGAAGACCGACACCAAGCCCAAGAAGCCCGCGGCCAAGAAGCCUGCUCCCGCAGCCGCUAAGAAGCCCAAAGCAGCGGCAGCAAAGAAGCCGGCGGCCGCUAAGAAGUCCCCGAAGAAGGCGAAGAAGCCCGCAGCGGCCAAGAAGGCGGCCAAGAGCCCGAAGAAGACGGCAAAGAGCCCCAAGAAGGCAGCAAAAAGCCCCAAGAAGGUGGUGAAGAAGGCCGCUGCUGCCAAGAAGGCUCCGGCCAAGAAGGCAGCGAAGCCCAAAGCCAAGAAGACCGCGGCCAAGAAGAAGUGAGCGGCUCGGUCCACAACGAUUCUGACACAAAGGCUCUUUUCAGAGCCAACACUUCAACUGGAGGGCAAACACCUGUUAUAUCAGCUGGAAAACGCAGGAAAGCAGAUUGUUAUGACUUUAUUACUUUUACUGCAUUAAGUUUUACAAGUUUUACAUCCACCAACAUAUCCAGAAAUAAAAAACAUCACACUAAAUCACACUAAUAAUAAUGAAAGCAGCAACACUGUCAUCAAUAAUUACCUACUACACUCAGUGUUUAUACACCUAAAGGGAUUUAUUUCUGUCUCCAUUAUAUCACUUUAUUUGCAUUAUAAUCUGCUCACUGAUUGGUUGUACAUAUUUUCUAAGGUUUGACUAUAAAGUAUGAUCCACUGAAAGAGUUCCAGAUGUUCUGGUGUCCAUUUCUCUUCCAGUGCAAUAUAAUACAAUAAACAAUAUGAACAUGA